AUGGAUCUCAUGGACCUGCUAUUCUGGACCAAAGAUGAAACCACCAGUUGCCAAGGCAACCCGCAGUGGACCAUCACAAUGUAUGAUACCGUGAACCCAGGGGAAAAAGAUGCAGAGGACUUUUUGCACUCCCUACUGGCUGGGAGCGAAUCCUCCUCAGCACCGACUUCCCCGCUGUGGUCACCCUGCACCCCUGACAGUGACAUGUGCGAGGACCACCUGGCUGACAGCCCCCAAAUCCUGUCCUCAGCCUCAGACACGCACACGCAGUCGCUUCCUCACCUCCCAUCGCUGCCACUUCCACGGUGCAAGCAUGAAACCGGGGCAGCGUCGGAUGUUUCAAUUGACCUGGGCUGGGAGUCCGGCGACCUCCAGGAGCAGCUGGGAAUGGCGUACUAUCUCACAUCCAGUCCAAGUUCUGCAAUAUCGUCCAGUCAGACCGUCACAGUGAAGGAUUUGCUCUUAUCCAACCUGGGACAGAAAAUAAUUCCCCAGCAUCCACUGCAAGAACUCGUGCUUAAUGAGGAUGAGAAGAAACUUCUGGCAAAGGAAGGCGUUAACUUGCCCAGCAAAUUGCCUCUCUCCAAGCUUGAAGAGCGCAUUUUGAAGAAGAUUCGGCGUAAAAUACGCAACAAGCGCUCAGCUCAGGAGAGCCGCAAAAAGAAGAGGGAAUAUGUGGAUAGUCUGGAGGAAAGAAUGUCUGCAUGUAGCGCUCAUAACCUCCAGCUGCAGAGAAAGAUCCAACAACUGGAGGAGACAAACAAUGCUCUGUUGGAGCAUCUGAGCCAGCUGCAAGCACUCCUUCCUAACAGCUCCAACAAAACAACACAAAAAGGAACGUGUCUCUUGGUUUUGCUCCUCUCUUUCUCUCUCAUUAUUUCCUCAAAUAUGAAACCGCAUUCCUACAGCCAAGUCAGUCUAGGAGAGUACACAGAGACCUCAGUGGCAUCACGUUCCUUGCAGUCGCUCAACCAAGAGGUCGCUUCUACUCGUCCCCUCUUCUCGAGCUCACGGAGCAGUCGAAUGGAGAAGCUUUUGAAAUAUCAUCCCUCCAUGGACGAUCACAGGCCGGGCAACGACCACUGA